GCCUCAAAAAUGGAUCCAUCUUCUACCACCAUUCCUGACGUGGUGAAAGAAUUCAUUCAAUAUUUCUAUAAGUGCUACUUGGAAGAUAAUGUCUAUGAAUUACAUGGCUGUUACGAAAAUACUUUCAACAAAUUGACUGAAAAAUUUUAUAAAAAUGAAACCUGGCCAGAUCCAAUUAAGGAGGUCGCUCCUUUAGUUAACAAUGAUCAAGUUUUUUUGGUUUUAUAUUCCGAGGUUUAUUACAGACACAUUUAUGCUAAAUUGAAUCCAACUUUACAACAAAGAUGCGACUCCUACAGCAACUAUUGUAAUUUGUUCAAUUUAAUUCUCAACAAUGAUGGCGGUCCUGUUACCUUUGAAUUGCCAAAUAAAUGGCUAUGGGAGAUCAUUGAUGAAUUCAUUUACCAGUUCAUUCAAUUCACUCUCUAUAGAACUAAAUUGGCCUAUAAGUUUAAAAUGAGCGAACAAGAUAUUAAUGAAUUAAACUACUUACAGGAACACAAUGAAGUUUGGAAUGCUUACUCUGUUUUAAAUGCUUUAUAUUCUUUGAUUGGCCGUUCAAAAAUUAAAGAACAGUUGCAAGCUCAAAAAAAGGGUUUCACCCAACAACAGAUCAACGAGAUUGCUGGAGAAUAUGGUAAUUUACCAUUGUAUAAAAAUUUGGGUUAUUUUUCCAUCAUAGGUCUAUUAAGAAUUCACACUGUUUUAGGUGAUUUCACUUUAGCUUUAAAGACAAUGGAAGAUAUUGAAUUAAAUAAAAAGGCUUUUUUAACUAGAAUACCUGGUUGCCAUUUUACAACUUAUUACUAUGUCGGCUGCUGUUAUUUAAUGAUGCAUAGAUAUUCUGAUGCUAUUAAAAUCUUUUCUCAUAUUUUGCUUUUUAUCUCUAGAACUAAAAAUAUUAACAAAUCUGGUCAAUAUGAUGCAAUCACCAAAAGAUCCGAACAAAUGUAUGCAUUAUUGACAAUUUGUAUUGGCUUAUCUCCUACAAGAAUUGAUGAUAUUCUACAUCAACAUAUAAAACAAAAGUUUGGUGAACAAUUAUCCCAAAUAUUGAAAACUAAUGACUUCAACAAAACUGUACAAGUUUAUGAAGAAUUAUUCAAAUUUGGGUUCCCAAGAUUUAUUUCAAUUUCUUUCCCAAAUUUCACUAACCCUCAAUUGAACACUGAUGCAUUGGCUUUACACUUAAAAGUAUUUAUGAUCAAAGUUACAAACUCUGUUUUCAAUAAUUUAUUGAGAACCUAUUUAAGUUUAUAUUCAACGAUGGAAUUGAAAAAGUUGUUGAACUUUUUAGUUUCUGAUAAGGAUAUCAAAAUUGAUAACUUGGAUCAAUUGAGAUCAAUUUUAUUAUCUUUUAAAUUAAAUAACCGCCAAGUCAGAUGGGUAGAUCAUGAAUCGUCAUCUGCUCAAAACAAUGAAAAUUUGGAAAACACUUUAUUAGAGGGAUCAAUUUCAAAUGUUAAUGAUUUUGAUAUUAACUUGAAAAAUGAUAAUUUGAUUUCUAUUAUUGAAUUAAAAGUUGCUAGAAAAUUUUCUGAUUGGUUUAUUAGAAACACUCUUAAGAAUUAUCAAGUUCAAGAUACCAUUGCAAAUGCUGAUAAGCUUCUUGAAGAAAAUUCUCAAACUUAUCAAAAUAAUAACACUAAUUCAAGUUUUAAUUCUAAUUCAAAUAAGCAACAAAAAAAUAGAAAAAACAAAAAUUAA